AUGGGAGCAGAUCCCAAAAUCCCGCUGGGAUCCCCACAAGAGCAGGGCCAGAUCCCGACAUCCCGGAUCCCGGUGCGGGAUCCCCGUCCCACCAGGCAGCGAUCGAUCCCCCAGCCCGGCGGGGCCCCGGGGGCGGGCAGCGCCCGGGCAGCAAUUAGCGCGAUUGCGGUGAUUAACCCGACCCGCCGCGGCCGCGCCCCGCCCGUCUGGAGGCGCGGACACCCCGGCGCUGACCCCCGGCCACGCGCGGCGGCUAGGCCCGAACGGAGGCACCGGCGGCACCGGAGACACCGAGGUGGUGGCACCACAGGCGGUGACACCAGAGGCGGUGACACCAGAGGUGGUGGCACCAGAGGCGGUGGCACCAGAGGUGGCCAUGCCACGCCAGAAGCGCCACAGCCUGGCUGGGGAGGCACGAGGACGCUGUGGUGUCCCUCGCCACGCGGAGCUGGUGGCACUGGGGUGGCCGUGCCGCUGGAAGCCACCGGCCAGUUUGACAUGUGGAGGGACUACCUGGGGCUGGCGGCCCUGGUGGCCCUGCUGCUCCGUGAGCCUGCGGGCCUCGGGGACAUCUCAGUGACAAUGGGGGCUCUGGCUCCGUGCGAUGGGCCAGCUCCACGGGCCGGGCCAGCUCCACGCUCUGAGCCAGCUCCAAGUGCUGGGCCAGCUCCACGCUCUGGGCUAGCGCCGUGCUCCUUCUGCCUGCACAACGGCGAGGCGCCGGCCGUGUACCGGAGCCACAGCCUGCGGGACGCGCACGGCCGCCUGCAGUGCCCGGUGCUCCGCAGCUACGUCUGUCCCCAGUGCGGGGCCACGCAGGACCAGGCUCACACGCGUCGCUUCUGUCCCCGCACGCACCGCGGCUACACCUCGGUCUACUCCCGGCCCGCGCCCGGCGGGAGGAGGCAGAGCAACGGCGGGAUGUAGCCCCGGGAGGGAGGAGGGAGGAUCCCGCCGCACCGGGCAGGGACUUCCCCAGAGGAUCAGACCACGGCUGGGAGCUGGACUGGAACCAGUUCUGGAGCUGCACUGGGACCAGUUUGGAGCUGGACUGGGACCAGUUCUGGAGCUGCACUGCGACCAGUUUGGAGCUGGACUGGGACCAGUUUGGAGCUGGACUGGAACCAGUUCUGGAGCUGCACUGGGACCAGUUCUGGGAGCUGGACUGGAACCAGUUCUGGAGCUGCACUGGGACCAGUUUGGAGCUGGACUGGAACCAGUUCUGGAGCUGGACUGGGACCAGUUUGGAGCUGGACUGGAACCAGUUCUGGAGCUGCACUGGGACCAGUUCUGGAGCUGCACUGGGACCAGUUUGGAGCUGCACUGGGACCAGUUUGCCCAGUUUGUGUCACCUCCUGACGCCGUGGCUCCCUGCAGGAUCCAGAUGUGGGCGCUGCCAGCGAGGCCAGUUUGGGAUUUGAGUUGAGUUUUGGAUUUGAGUUUUGAGCUCAGAGCUUUGGGUUUGGUUUGAAUUUUGAGUUUUGGAUUUGAGUUUUAAGCUCAGAGUUUUGUUUGGUUUGAGUUUUGAGCUCUGAGUUUUGGAUUUGAGUUUUGAGCUCAGAGCUUUGGGAUUUGAGUUUUGAGCUCCGAGUUUUGAGUUUUGGAUUUGAGUUUUGAGCUCAGAGUUUUGGGUUUGGUUUGAGUUUUGAGUUUUGGAUUUGAGUUUUGAGCUCAGAGUUUUGAGUUUUGGAUUUGAGUUUUGAGCUCCGAGUUCUGAUUUGAGUUUUGAGCUCCGAGUUCUGAUUUGAGUUUUGAGCUCUGAGUUCUGAUUUGAGUUUUGAGCUCAGAGUUUUGUUUGGUUUGAGUUUUGAGCUCUGAGUUUUGGAUUUGAGUUUUGAGCUCACAGUUUUGAGUUUUGGAUUUGAGUUUUGAGCUCAGAGUUUUGUUUGGUUUGAGUUUUGAGUUUUGGAUUUGAGUUUUGAGCUCUGAGUUCUGAUUUGAGUUUUGAGCUCCGAGUUCUGAUUUGAGUUUUGAGCUCUGAGUUCUGAUUUGAGUUUUGAGCUCUGAGUUUUGAGUUUUGGAUUUGAGUUUUGAGCUCCAAGUUUGAUUUGAGUUUUGAGCUCUGAGUUCUGAUUUGAGUUUUGAGCUCUGAGUUCUGAUUUGAGUUUUGAGCUCUGAGUUCUGAUUUGAGUUUUGAGCUCCGAGUUCUGAUUUGAGUUUUGAGCUCUGAGUUUUGUGUUCACUUUUGAGCUCUGAGUUCUGUCAAUCCCCAAAGGGCUCAGUGCUCCGGGGAGUACCAGAUAUUUUGGGUUGGAUUGUGGAAUUUUGGUUAAUCCCAGGUCAAGAAGAGGCUGCUGCUCCAAUAUUUUGGCUUGGAUUAUUGAGUUUUCCCUAAUCCCAGCCUGGGCAGGAACUGGGAAUCAGCUGCUGCUCCCACCCCCUCCCCCUCCCCAUUUUGGGUACCUUUACCCCCUUUUUGUGCCAUCUCCUCACCCCCCACCCCCCAUCCAGAUGGAGAGCUGCAUUCUCCAGACCAACCUCGCUUUAUUCCACCAAUAAAUCCCCAAAGAUUUCUGUCCCUCCCGA